AUGCUGAAUUCAAGACGCGCACUCGUCGCGGCGUUAUCCAUACUCGCCAUCUUCUUCCUCAUCACGCGUUCCCAAGUCUCCUCAUCAGCCGACUCCUCAACUCCAUCAUCCCACGACACAUCGACGACGGCAGACAGCCUCCACGACGGCACCAGCAGCGGCUACAGCGACGGCCGAACUACCGACGAGAAUGACGGACGACCACCCUUGAACCCUGAAGCGGCGGCGGCGGCAGGAGGAGCAGGAGGAGCAGGAGGAGCAGGAGGAGCAGGAGGAGCGGCACCGGCCAGGAACACGCCCGUCUACCAGCAGAAGCAGCAACCUCUUCAGAGGACACCGCGCAAGCCGACGUCGGACAUGUCGCACCUCAGCACGGCCGACAAGCUGGCGUACGUGUACCCCUACGACGUGACGAGCAAGUUCCCGGCCUACAUCUGGCAGACGUGGAAGUGGACGGCCGACGACGCCGAGUUCGAGUACGUCGAGCAGGAGGCCUCGUGGACGCAGCAGCACCCGACCUUCAUCCACGAGGUGGUGACGGACCACGUGGCCGUCAAGCUGCUGCGCCUCCUGUACGCGUCGGUGCCCGAGGUCCUGGAGGCGUACGAGGCCCUGCCCCGGCCCGUCCUCAAGGCCGACUUCUUCCGCUACCUGAUCCUGUACGCCCGGGGCGGCAUCUACUCCGACAUCGACACCUUCGCCAUCCAGAGCGCCGUCAACUGGCUGCCGCCCGACGUCGCCCUCGACACCGUCGGGCUCGUCGUCGGCAUCGAGGCCGACCCGGACCGCCCGGACUGGGCCGACUGGUACUCGCGCCGCAUCCAGUUCUGCCAGUGGACCAUCCAGGCCAAGCCCGGCCACCCGGCCCUGCGCGCCGUCAUCGCCCACAUCACCCGGGAGACGCUCGAGAGGAAGCGGUCCGGCAAGCUGGCCAGCUUCGUCGACAGCGACACCGUCAACCUCACCGGCCCCGCCGUCUGGACCGACGUCAUCAUGGACUACCUCAACGACGAGCGCUACUUUGACAGGUCCCGCUCCAGCGGCGUCAUCGACUACCGCGCCUUCACCGGCAUGGAGGACAGGAAGCGCAUAGGCGACGUCGUCGUCCUGCCCAUCACCAGCUUCUCGCCCGGCGUCGGACAGAUGGGUGCCAAGGAGGACGACGAUCCCAUGGCUUUUGUCAAGCAUUACUUUGAAGGAACGUGGAAACCUGAAAGCGAACGCCACAUUGGUGAGCAGCGCAGCUGA